AUGAGCCGCGCGGCGGGGAGCGGCGCCCCCCGCCCCGCCGAGCCACCCCGGGAGCACGGCGCCCCGCCGGAGCUGCCGCCCGCCGCCGGGGCAGGGGAGGCGAGCGGCGAUCCCCCCGCGGAGCCGGAGAGCUCCGGCCGCGGCCGCUCCCCCAGCGCCGCCGAGGGCCGGAGGGGCGGCUCGGAGAGCGGCCGUGGCUCGGCGGCGGCGGGCGACAAGCCCGAGACCCGCUCGGUGUGCAGCAGCGAGAGCGGCAGCGGCAGCCAGCCCGGCGGGGCCGGCCCCAUCUGUAAGAUCUGCUUCCAGGGCCCCGAGCAGGGCGAACUGUUAAAUCCUUGCCGCUGCGAUGGGUCAGUACGAUACACACAUCAACUUUGCCUGUUAAAAUGGAUAAGUGAAAGAGGGUCGUGGACCUGUGAACUCUGCUGCUACAGAUACCAUGUUAUUGCAAUUAAAAUGAAGAAGCCUUGCCAGUGGCAAAGCAUUACUAUAACACUGGUUGAGAAAGUGCAGAUGGUUGCUGUAAUCCUAGGAUCUCUGUUCUUAGUAGCAAGUGUGACUUGGCUUCUAUGGUCAGCCUUCAGCCCCUAUGCAGUAUGGCAAAGAAAGGACAUCCUUUUUCAAAUCUGCUAUGGAAUGUAUGGUUUUAUGGAUCUAGUGUGCAUAGGACUUAUUGUACAUGAAGGUGCAUCUGUUUAUCGAGUGUUUAAGCGCUGGAGGGCUGUGAAUCUACACUGGGAUGUGUUAAAUUAUGAUAAAGCUACAGAUAUAGAAGAGAGCAAUCGAGGAGAAUCCUCAGCAGGAAGGACAUUGUGGUUACCGCUGACUGCAUUUAGAAACAGAAAUUUAGUUCACCCAACACAGUUAACCUCACCAAGAUUUCAGUGUGGCUACGUAUUGUUACAUCUAUUCAACCGCAUGAGGCCUCAGGAAGAUUCAUCAGAGGAUAACGGCUCUGGGGAAGUAGUGAUGAGAGUGACCUCAGUGUAAUGAUUACACUCACUGUGCUACACAGAUAAGGAUAAUGUGUCCUGAUGUUACAGGGCUUUGGAAU